AUGAACGAAAUUUCCUGCUGCAGCACUUUUUCUUCCUUGUUGGAACCGAUUGUGAAGGCUUACAAGUACAUGACUGGUAUUUUUUCAGUGACUGAUACCUCAGAGCCACAGGUUUCAAACCGUGAUGACCAGGACAUAAAGAUGGAGAGACGCUUACUUGAGAAGCAGUAUAACCAAAUGAAACAGAAGCUAAAACUGCAACCACCUAUUAUUGUAUAUAAAACAGGUGAACAUGAAUCUGUUCCCCUAAAAUCAAUGGUUAAAGGUGUUCUAAUUAAUAGAGAAGUCAAAAUAUUAAAGUCAUUUGCAGAUGAUCCUGUUGGGAAGGUCACAUUGGAGACAACCAGCUGGGGCAAUGUACAAUACAACUCACUGUGGUACACCCACCUGCAAACUCACCACCUGAGUAAAAUCUCUGGACAAAGAAUUUCCUGGGAUCUUGACAACCACAAGAACGAACCACAGAGUUUUGACAACAACAGACUGAUUUCAAAGGGAGAUGACACACUGCAACCCAAGGAAUUAGGAGGAGCAAGUGAACAAUCUGCACUCAGGCAACCUGGAAGUUCAAGCACAUCUAACAGUUUCAGUAAGGAGAAUGACUGCAGCGUUUCAAGCUCCUGCCAAAAGCUUCCUCUGAAAUCAGCCACUUCAGCAGUUUGGACAUGUCAGCCUGUUUCUUCCAUAAAAUACACAUCAGCCUGCAACAAACAGAACUUUUACCCUCUCUCUAAUAAGAAAGGGCUCAGAAUCUCUGAAACAGCAAGGAGGCUUGGAUUGUAUGCCUCAAAAUGA